GUGGGAAUGAUCAGGGAUGAUGAGGCAGACUCAGGGAGGAAAGGGAAAGUCUGGAACGAGAGGUAGGUUAAACUUUCAAAAUAAAACAGGAAACCCCACAGGAGACAACAGGAAGCUUGACGAGACAUGACAGAACCACUGCUCCAUUGUAACAAUUCAGCUGUUUGUGCACAAAACCUUCCAAGUAGGACUGAGAUGAACUACAUCUUUAUCCUUCAUUCAUCUGAGAAAAGUUCACUUUCUUAACAGACAUGGAAGAAACAGAGAUGUGGAUUUCUCCACUGGUGUGAACUCCUGUUGGUGGAUUUGAUGGACCAGCAUGGUGUCUUCAGCCCAGAAACCUCCUUCUGCUGUAGGAAAGGAUGUUAAAGUCAGAAACCUGGACAUCUUUGUUUCUCCUGAUGAUGCUGAUGAGAGUCUCCAGAGUUCUCUCUUGUCAUCAGACAGAGUAUGAGAUCGGCGGUGAAUGUUGUCCAAUGUGUCCUCCUGGAAGUCGAGUUCAGAGACACUGCACAGAGUUCAGAAGUACUUCCUGUAUGCCGUGUGCUGAAGGAACUUAUAAUGAGAAAUCUAACGGCCUACAGUACUGUUCAGCAUGUUCUCUCUGCGAUUCAGUUUCUGGACUGACAGUGAAGCUUGGAUGCACACUGACUUCAGACUCGGUGUGUGAACCUUUGGACGGGUUCUUCUGCGUGGACUCCUCCUCAAAGAGCUGUUCAGCAGCACAGAGACACAGCAGCUGUAAAGGAGGACAGUACAUCAGACAGAGAGGAACGGCCUCCACAGACACUGAGUGCUCUGACUGCAGCUCAGGAACAUUUUCAGAUGGAACAGGAGAGUCCUGUCAGCCACACAGACAAUGUGAAGCAGAAAACCUGCAGCUGAUGGAAGCAGGAACGUCUUCAACUGAUGCUCAAUGUGGAGAACAACGUCAGGAUGUGUCAGCAGUAGUGAUCGGUGUUUUAGUUCCUGUUGUUGUUUUAUUAGUUAUUACAGCAGCUGUUUUAUGGCAUUUCAGAAAAUAUAUGAUAGAAAAAACAAACUGUUUGAAAAACAGUGAUGCAGCAGAGACCAACACAGAAAUGGAUCCAAUGAACAGAGACUGUUGACUGUCUGAACUGCUGAUGGCUGCAGAUGAAAGAGCAGCUCCUUCAUCAAAACAGAUCAACUCAUGAAGAUUUUCCUCUUCACAGCAGAAACUAGAACCCCAUAAAGACGUGUGCAGUCCCUGUUCUCUGUGGAGUUCAUGUUCAGUAGAACCCAGUUGGAUCUCUGGUUCUGAUUUUCUUCAUCAUUCUGGAAUCUGAGCAGCUUCAUGAAGCUCCUGCAGUUUGUGACUCAACAGACAUGAUUGAUGAGGAUUUAUCAUCUUCAAACUGAAACUGAACUUUAGACAACAGGUGACCUUUGACCUUUACUGCAGCGUGAUGGGAGGAGUUUCUGUCUUCAUCCAAAAAUCAGGAGAUAAAGUCACAACCAUGAAAAUAAUCUACUUUUACUCUGCAUCAAUGUAAGUGAGGACAAUUUAACACGUGUGUUUUAAAAAAGUACUAAGAGCCAAAGGAACACAAAUGAUAUUUUUACAUUAUUUUCUGAUAUUUACACUUCAAACAUGUAAAAUUAAACUUCUUCCUUGAUCA